CUAAAAUGUCGAGCGCAUCCAGGAAGAAGCUUCUCAUUGGUUGCACCGGCAGUGUAGCUACUAUCAAGCUACCUACUCUUGCAGAAAAAUUCUGGGAGCAAAACUUGGAAGUUAGAGUUGUUGUAACAGAGAGAGCAAAGCAUUUUUUUAAAGAGUGUGACCUUCCACCUGGGACUCAGAUAUUAUCUGAUACGGUAGAGUGGGCUGCUUGGCAAGACAGAGGUGACCCUGUUUUGCACAUUGACUUGGUCAAAUGGGCAGACUUAUAUCUUAUUGCUCCUUUGGAUGCAAAUACUCUGGGAAAACUUGCCAGUGGAAUGUGCGACAACAUUCUUACUUGCGUUGCGAGAGCUUGGGAUCCCACAAAACCGCUGCUAUUUUGUCCUGCAAUGAACACAAAAAUGUGGGAACAUCCUGUAACUGGUCCUCAGAUCUCUAUGCUGAAGUCAUGGGGGUACAAAGAGAUCCCAUGUGUGUCUAAGACAUUAGCGUGUGGAGAUGUAGGACUUGGAGCAAUGGCAGAAGUUGAUACUAUUGUUCAAGCCACCCUAAGAGCUUUGAAUCCCUGGCACCCUUACCCUCCUUCGGAUCAUCUAUAUCCGUAAAUUAUUAGCUGAUUACUAAAUUGAUGUUUUGAAAUUCGCAAUCUUUGAACCAUCGAGAUAUGAUGGGUAUGAUUUUUCCAACGUUAAUUACAAUGAUACUUGCACCGUUUAUAUAAUAUUUCAACUUUGAAAGAAGGAUAACGAAUUAAAGUAACCUCAACUGUUGACUGUGGAAUCGAAAAUUAUUCGUAUUCCACGUUGUGAAUAUAAUUCUGUAUGCUUACGAACACCAAAUAUACGAUUUAAGCUAGUGAGAAUAUGCGCGAUAUGAAAUUCGUACUAUUUAAAACUUUGAUUAAUAAUGGAUCAUUAUUAAAGUAGAUGAGUCUCACGUAAUCUUUUCACCAUUGUAGUUAACUUAAUCACAAGCUAUACCAGCACGAGACCUUACAUGAUCCCUAUGGUUGAAAUUUUUCACGGCGAUUAUGACCGAUGUAAAUCGCCCUGAAGUUCUUAGCUCUAUUGUUAGUAGGGGUAGUACGGGUAGAGUCUGGGAUUUUUCGAUCAAAAAUAUCAUGAUUAUUUUACCAAUAAAAACUCGAGGUUAUAUUGUUGAACUUUACAUAUUGUAAAUAAAAAAAAAAAAAAAUUGAGAAAUUACGAGAACAAAAAUAUAUAUAUAUUGUAGAAAAAAUUACGUAGCUAGAUGUGAAUGUGUUUGUAUAAUAAAUGCAUGCUGCACAGUGAA